AGUUAGUAAAAAAGCUUCCAUCAACAAGUUGUUUACAAAUUCCACGCUUUUGCCUAUUUUUGCGCAUUUUUACUAAAAUUUUUGGGUUUAAUCCUAUUGUGGUCACUUCUUGGACUGAUCUGCAUUCGCAACAGUCGUGGGAGAAUAUGAAAUUGGUGGAGAAAGUAAUUCUGGAAGUUGGAAGACGCUAUUUGACUCAGUGAAUCCCCAUGGGAGCCUGCAUGACGGUGGAUCGUGAAAAAAUCACAGCGCAGCGGCGCAGUGAGGAAAUUGACAAAGAAUUGGAUGCUCUGGCAAAGGAACAUCCCAGAAUACUCAAGAUCUUACUUCUUGGAGCUGGAGAGAGUGGCAAGAGUACACUGGUGAAGCAAAUGAAGAUUAUUCACUCUGAUGGUUUCACACCGUCUGAAUUGAGUGCUUUCCGGCCGACAGUGCUGGACAAUUUGCUGUCCAGCAUGAAGUAUGUUCUGAGUGGAAUGGGAUUGCUGAGAAUCAAUCUCGAGCAUGCUUCCAAUAAGAUUUAUGCGGAAAUUGUGCUAGCAAGUCCCAGUUGCUUCAACAUGGAAUUUCAGAUUGUGGAAAAAGUGAGAAUGGCUCUGAGGAUUCUGUGGAAAGAUCGAGGAGUAAGACUAGCAGUGGCCAGAGGCUAUGACUAUGAACUCAAUGACUCAGCGCUGUAUCUGUUUGAGAAUAUGGACAGAAUCUGUGCUGACAACUAUAUCCCAUCGCCAACAGACGUCCUCAGAGCCCGUGUCCGGACAAAUGGGAUUAUCGAGACGAAUUUCCGGAUCAAUGAUAACAUUAUCAGUAUGUACGACGUCGGAGGACAGAGAUCGCAGCGGAGAAAGUGGGUUUACUGUUUUGAAGAUGUUCGAGCUGUUCUGUUUGUCGUAGCUCUCAGUGGCUUCGAUAUGACCCUCCUGGAGGAUUCUACAGUAAAUCGCCUAGAGGAGAGUCUCAAUCUUUUUGAGCAGAUUGUCAACAAUAGAUGGUUCAAGGAAGCAUCUUUUGUUCUUUUCCUCAACAAAUUGGAUCUCUUCAGGGAAAAGAUAAUGUCUUCUGGGAGGCAUCUGAGGCUCUUCUUUCCCGACUACAAGGGACCAGAUAAGAAUAUCGACGAGGCAGCUCUCUUCAUUCAGAACAAGUUCCUGCAGCGCAAUCACAAUGACCGGAAGGUCAUUUGUCCGCAUUUCACCACCGCCACAGACACUGCCAACGUACAAACUGUCUUCCAGGUCGUCAUGGAGACGGUCAUCAAGGAGAAUCUCGGAAAUGUGACACUCCUGUAGGACUCCAAUAUGCCCGGUAAAUUGCACGAGUUGGCGCUCUCUUUCUCUUUCUAUCGCUCUUCAGGUAAGUUCUCUCUAAAAAUGGGGAUUCCUCUGGGAGGGAUGAUCACGAAAGAUCGAUUUGCUUGAAUUAAUAAGAGUUCCUUUGAUCUUGUUUCUUGAAAAUUCAGAGAUUUCCCCAAAAAUUAUAAAUUCAUACAAUUUGAUCCAGGGGCGUAGUCAGGAUUUUAGUAAGAGGGGGACCAAAUUGAAGGGCCAACUCAGAGACACGACAUUUGCUAAGUUUCCCAUAUGUUUCUAGCGCGCAGAAAAAACUUUUGGGUUUAUUAGCUGUUUUCUGUCAGUGAAAAAUAAAUUAGUGAAUAAUAGUAAUACAAAAUAAAAGCCAAUUUAAUAUAGAAUAGGCAACCGAAAAUCUCAAAUUGAUAACCUACGUAGUUUUGGAGAUAUCUCGUGAAAUGUGUACGAAAACAGGGAAAAAUUUACACUAAAAUCGGUCGCAUUUUUCAGAGCUAAUGUCACCCUCCUGGGACAACAGUUUUUCGAACGAAAAAAACAAGUUUUUUAUUUAAAAAAAAAUAAUAAGAUCCUUAUUGUGACCAUUAGGAAAAAGGUAGGGAAAUGUGCCCAUGCUUCGUACGACCCCAAGCUUUGUAAUAAUUUUCGCAAUUUUAAAAAGUGGAAACUUUCCUCUCAAGGUAAAAAAUUUCGGCACAUAUUUGUUUCAAAAUGCAGCUCGUCCACGGACACCGAAAAUUUUUGGAACAAAUUUGUACCUUCUAAGAGGAACAAAAAGAUACCCAAUAUUAGUAACGAAUUUGUUCCAAUAAAUUAGCUCGUCUAGUAUAAAAUCGUAUCCCUCUCACACUCAGUCACCCGUCACCAACGAAGCAAGGACGCCAACAAAUCUGUAGCAAUUUUCGUGCUACAUGGUUUCACUUUUUUAAUUCGAGAUUCCCUUCCCCUCCUGCUGCCAGCACUCGCAUAUGAAUUCGUCAUGCACGCGUCUGUAUAAAACACUCUCAAGUUGCUUUUUAUUCGAUGUUCCUCAUGAACUUUCGCCACCGAAAUCCAUCUCGACUGAAGUAUAUGCCUUAACUGUAAGACGAAAUCACUUACACGGAUGUGUUCCCGACAAUGGGAACAAAAAGAUUUCCCAUAUGAAUAACAAUUUCGUUCCAAAAAUUACCUUGUCCACGGACACCGAAAAUUUUUGGAACAAAUAUGUUACAGAUGUAGGAAUAAUAUUGUUAUAAAAAAAUGUACCAAUUUAAUUCCUGGCAGUAGGAAAAAACAGGCGAGUGCAACAAAUUCUAUUCCAACUUAAAGGAAAAAAAAUGUAUAAAACCAAAUCAACUCAAAUUUGUAAACAUUCCACCGUAUCAAAACGGUUUCGAAGAAAACUCUAACAAAAUUGUAACUAUAUUUCGUAACAAAACUGUAAUGAAAACUUUUUGGAACAAACAAAUAUUUUCUAUAUGUACAAAUUGAUUCCAAAAAAAUUUGUUCCAAGGAAAACUUGUUCCAAUAUUUUGGUCAGUGUACAAAAGUUUUUACCGUGUAGUUUUUAAAAUAUCCGUGCGACGAGUCACAUUUAUUGAGAAACAUAAGAAAAAUUUAGUCAUCAUGAAGCUUGGGAUCGUACGAAGCAUGGGCACUUUCCCCUACUGCUUUUCGAAGAAUUUUUUUUGUUUAUUCGAUUUCGGCACCGUUUUUGUCCGAUUUAUAGAAAGGGUACAAAAACGUUCUCAUGGAUCUGAGUGGCUUUUUAUUGAAAAAAUUGCAUUUUAUGUCCCAAAAUUACAUAUGUGAAGCUUAGAGGCAAAAUGGAACAUAUCCUAUGCUUUAGCCAUAGGAUAAAUUCCAUUUUGCCACUGAGCUACAUAUCAUUGCUCCAAAAAUGGCUUUCAGACCUUUUUUUAGACUUUACACUUGACAAAUCUGCACGAAUCCUAUUUUAAUCUGAUUUUGAUGAUUUUAAGUGAUUCAGAUAACUCAUAAAAAGUUUUCAUUUUAUUUUAUAUAUUUUGUUUUAAUGAAAUGGGAUAAUGGGAAUAAAAGCAGAUUCAGUUUUCCUUUAAAACUUCCUAAAAACUACUUUCCAACUUCCUUGAAAUCAUAAAUCCAUUUCCACAUCGAUCUUUUUUUAUGAUCUCAAAUUAUUUCCAAGGACAAAAACAUUUGCAUAAAAAAAAUCUAAAACCUGUACUAAAAUAUUUCCUAAAUAGCUUUUUUAGAUUGGAGAUUAUAAAAAGAAAAAAAAAUAAUAUUAUAUGUAUUUAUAAUUAAAAACCUAAUGUAAAUUCAAUCUUUC